GGGGGGGGGGGGGAGAACCAAUGUAGCACAACUUUGUGGUGGCUUAGGCAUUCAGCUUAGGGGCAAGAGUAGCUCCCCCAGAUGAGUUUCCCGGCGUCAGUGAAGAACUGGAAGGACUCUUGGUUUUAUUGCCGAGACGUCCCCGUAUUCGAGGGUCACUCGGGCCUCCCACCCUAUACUAUUGAUAGGAUCCACGCGGCCCCUACCUUUACCUUGUCCAAGGAGGAGAAGACCGAUGCAGAUAUAUUGAUGAUAGUGGUCGUUACCUUGAUCCGGAAGGGUGUGAACGGGAUGGACCUCCUAGAGGUCUUCUUCCAUCGUAGGAUCCAACCUCUUCAGGCUUGAGUCCACCCAAUAUGAAAAUAUGAAGGGCCGGAUGAUCCGACUCGAAUCCAUCCCGAGGAGAUCGGGGAAGAGGCGGUGGAGAAUAAACUCAAGGCCAUUACCCCAAUGAGACAUAACCCCAGGGGCUCCAGGCAGGUGCCUCCUUUCGCGGCGGAUAAUCACCCGAAUGAGGUGAAUCAUCGAGCAUGUGUACCGAAUGAAUUUCUUCAUUGUUUCAACUACCAUUUGUCAUUUUUCCCUUCAUUCGGCAGGCUUUCACGGGGUUGGUCAGUUCCAUACCGGCGAUUGACCACUCGCCCAUUGAUGUGGAGAGUGACACUGAAAACCAAGACGCCGAGAUCCCAGAGGGCUCGGAGGACGACGAAGACAAAGAAGGCGACGAUGAGGAGACGGAGGAGAGUGAGGAGGAGCGUGGAGACGAGGAGGAAUCUUCUCUGUCUAAUGAAGCCUAGGUCGAGACCCGUUCCAAGGCACGCCAGGACCUUGGAGUCCGCACAUGCGCUCUAAAGACUCUAUUGACAGUGAAGCAGAGUGCGUCAGCCAUGCCGACUCGCAGCUCCAAGCGGGGUCGGAGCCAGCCCGAGGCACUGCCGGAGCAGGCUGCCAUGCAACCCAAGAUCUCGAGCUCCAAGCCUCGUAAGGUCGUUCUGCCGCGUAUCAAGGUCGAUGUGCGUGUGGCUUCGGCGUAAGUAUCUUUACCAAGUGAUUUGUCCCAGUUUGAACAAUGUCUUCCGAGUGAUGAUCGGGCUUUGUUGUUUCUUUUGUAGGCCUCAUACUUCAACUGCUUCACUAGAUCCCAAGACCUCUGACAAAGGUAGAGCUGAGUUGAUGUUGCUUCAUCAAAAUGUAACCCUUGAGCUUUUCCAGCAAUUCAUUCGAAAUUUGGGCUUUGGAUAUUCGAGUGGUGUUUGGACUAUCUUGUGGACAUGUGCAGAGCCGCAUGAUGUGAUUGAACUCGACGCUGAUGUCCCUUCUACAGCUGGAGAAGUGCCGAAGCAGGCUCCAACUCCCAGCCGAGUGAGCAUCAAGGCCAAGACUCCUGUGGUGCAGGAGGUUGCCCCGGCUGGAGUGUCACUCAGACAGUAUCCGCUGACUACUCCGUCGUCUAACCCCAAGGAUCGGAACAUCUUCUAGCUCCACCCUACCCCAAAAGACCAGGAGGGGGCGCACAAGGAGGCCUGGCUCAACUAGACGUGAUAGUUGGGCGAUGGAAGGAGGCAUACGACACGAGUGAAGCUGUGGCAAAGAACAUUCGGACUGCUUGUGGGCCCGUGGGCCGCGAUGACGCCAUGGAAAACGAGUUGCAGGAACUCUGACUUAGCCUAUGCAGAGAACGCCGAGAGCAAGCGACUGGAGCAGGAAAAGCGAAUAGCUGAAGAUCGCCUUUUUGAGAGGUUGAAGAAUUACAUUUCUCUAGUGACCAUGAAGGAAGCCCUUGAGAAGAGGGACGAAGAACUCGCAUCCGCUUGUAAGGAUGUCAAGCAGAAAACCCAGGCAGUUGAGGCCAAGCUCAAAAUGGUUGGCACUUUGGAGGAAGAAAAUUGGCUUGUGAAAGCUGGUGCGGAGAAGACCACGACGGAUCUUGCCGAGCUAAAGAAGCAUUACGCCGAGUGGGAAACCAACCUCGAGAAAGCAACUACCAAGAAAGCUGAGCUGGAGAAGUUCAUCGAGGACUUUAGUGUGGAGCUCUCUGAGAAGAACAAAGCCUUUGCUGCCGGUGUUGAAGAAGAGACGACGCGAAUAGAGAAGGAGAUUGAUCCCAAGAGAGGGCUUCUGAAGGACAACAUUCCCUUGUCUCUCCUCAGGCUGGAGGAUCGCGUUGAUUAUGUAAUGGCUUGCUUCAAGCUGCUUCAAUCGACCGUUGGAGAGAUUGACCAUGAGAAAGUGCAUGAAGAUGCUACCGUGAAGGAUGCCCAGUCCGUUGUGAACUGUGUGAAGGCCAUUCCCAAUUAACUCAAGUCGUGGAAGAAGUCGUCAGCAAAGGCCGGAGCUCACAUUGCCCUUUCGCUCGUCCACAUCCAUUGCAAGGGGGUGGAUGAAGAGAAGCUGAAGAAUCUUUGGGUCGUCAACCGCAAAAGCACCAAGUUUGAAGACUGCAUGGAUAUGUUCAUGGAGGCGGCCACACGGAUCGCAUAGGGAAUCGAUCUUGACACCUUCAUGGAAGUGGUGGAGUCUUCGGCCUCCGAGUGAUGCUUGGAGGAAACACACUUUAGCUUUAAUUUGCCUCGGGAUGCCGAGUGAUUUUAUGUAACCUCAAACUUCGAGUGGGCUCUGGGCCCUCUCUUUUGCGUCACUUUAGCUGAACUUGAUCCCGUUUAUCCGCAAUUGAUUUUGGAUCUUAUUUGCUUGGUCA